AUGGUCGCACAACAGUUCCUCGCUCGGCUAUCGGCCGCAGCUCUUCUCCUUUUUUCCUCCUCUUCAUUGGCCGCGCCAGUUGAAAAGCGUACGGGCGCUGUACCAGCUGUCUCCGGCUCAGAGGUUGUUAUAGGAAGUGGAACAUAUCCACGCGCCAACUACCUCCAGGACGGUUCCAUCCUCGCUGCUUACACUGCUACCCCGGACGAUGAACAUAUUAUCACUGUCGCUACCUCCACUGACAACGGAGUGAGCUGGACAAAAACCGGUACUGUGGCAUCAGGACCCACGUCGACCACAGACAUCGAUAACCCAUAUCCGCUCCAGCUCCCCAAUGGUCGUAUCCUGAUUGCCUUCAGAAACCACUCUCUCCAGGACGGCGUCUACACUUACUUCCGCAUCACUAUCUGCUACUCUGACGAUAACGGCGCAACAUGGUCAUACUUGAGCACCCCAGCAUCGGACCCGGGCCCGACCGACGGUAACUGGGAGCCCUUGUUGCGCAUGGCCGAGGAUGGCGUCACAUUGCAACUGUACUACUCGCGCCAGGACUCCGGUGUUGACCAGGAAAGUUUGAUGCGAACCUCAACCGACGGCGGCGCCACGUGGACCUCGGCUACUGUCAUCAGCAGCGGAGGUGACGGCGAUACUCGCGAUGGCAUGAUCGGUGUUGCGACAGUCGAUGGUGAAAACCUCAUUAUGGUCUUCGAGUCUGAAACGGACGGUGGCCUUUUCUCAGUCCACUCACAGACCAGCUCCGAUGGCGGUGCCACAUGGGGCAACCGUGCAGUUGUCUACGAGGCACAAUCCGGUUGGAAUGCGCAGGCCCCGCAGGUCAUCAAUGUCGGUGGCACUCUGGUCGUGAGCUUUAUGUACGAUCCAAACGACCUUAAUGAUGCAUCCAUCCAAGUCCUUACUAGUACCGACGGUGGCUCGACCUGGGGAGACAUGACCGAGGCAUUUCCUUCAGGCGCUUCAUGGGCUGGCCUAUUGACACUCGACGACGAUACGAGUUUUCUGGCGUUGGCUAGUUACGACGGAGAUGCCCAAGCUCAGAAGCUCGUCCUUUCGUGA